GCCUCUCUUAUCUACUUUUAGUAUUUGCCUACAACUCGCCACGUUAACAAAACGUUUUUUAUGUGAGAUUAUCUCAAUCACUUAGAAAAAAAACGUGGCUUCUUUAUUAAAUGUGUUAAUUGAUUAGUCUAAAUUUGUUAAUUAAUUAGUUAAAAUCAUGUCUGCUUCACCAAUGGCUAGACAAGUAACUGAAAGCAAAUCAAUUCCGAUUAGAAGAACUAUAAAUGAUCAUUCUGAACUGCCCUCUGAUUAUAGUACAACUCCCGGUGGUACUUUGUAUUCUACAACUCCAGGAGGUACAAAAAUCGUUUAUGAAAAAUCAUUCCUAAUGCAUCUGAAAGGUUCUCCGAUAUCAAAGACUCCACCGAAAUUCGAUAUACCGGAAGCUUUACAAAAAGGCACUAAAUACUCACCGCCUAAGCGUGUUCCAAAAAUGAAUCAUCACGUCAAGCGAUCCGCCAAAGAAAAAACCACUUUCGAAGACCAAGAUCAGUUCGCUUUGGAGCUUUAAUUAGAAUUAAUAGAAGUAAUUAAAGCUGAUAUAUUAUCA